AUGGUUGGUAAAAAUGAUGAAAAGUCCCGUGGGACCCCUUCAUCUAGGGCUCAAAUACCUUCACAUGCCCGAGGCGAAGGAGGUUCUGGAGACAGAAUGCCAACAAACGAACAAUAUUCUCCAACAAAAAGCAGAGGCCUUCGAGGUCGUAGAGGACUCAGUCGCCCACCAACCAGACAAGGACGGCCUCUAAGCAGACAACAAGACCUUCUGCAUUCGAAGGUCGACAGAGCACUUCUACUCCCUAGAAACCAACCCGACAAUCUCUUAACCGAGGUGAAGGAGACAGUUGAUCUAGGCCAAAAACCACCGCCGAAGACUCCUGAUAUUGGUUUACGUACUCAAAGUAGACUUGGACAGAGAGAGUUAACCCCUUCGAUGAUCCCUGGCCCGAAGAAUAGCAGCAGGUCCGAACAAUUUCUCAACUCAAACUUCGGUAACCUUCCUCGGCCAGACAAGAGCAAGAAUACCCCCUCGCUUAUGAAUACGCCGGCUUCCGGAUCGAUGCUCUCUACUCCUUUGCCUAGCACUACUGAUGAAAGUAUGACAGAUGGAAAAUCAGCUAAAGUCCAACUUGAGUCGCCGAGUUCUGAGGAGCUCGAGGAGGGUAUGUCAAGCCUGAGAAUUAACCCCAGGGCUUCCACACAAGAAGAUGAAGAAUACGCAAGAGAAAAGAAGAAUUUGUAUCAAAUAAACCAAGAGGAAGAUAAAGAUAUGGAUAAUAAGCACCCUCCUCCCCAAGCCUCUGAGAAUACAAAUUAUUUCGAGGAAGAAGAAAAGGCGACUAGUGAACCGUUCGAACCUAAACCGCUCACCUAUGAAACCAAUAUCUACAUCAACUAUCGCUUUGUCUUCGACAUUGAACAUUCGGGUUCAAAAGUUGCUGACGACAAACUUAUGGAUAGCAUUAAAUUAUCCGCUGUAGCAAAAGAGCUGGCGGCCGAAGCAACAAGCAAAUGGAAGGCCUGGGCGGAUGAUUCACAUACCCCUCUCCAAUCUGGAGUUCUGCACAUGCCAUACGCAUGGGAAAUGACAAUGAAUAAAACCAUGCUUAGCAAGGAAGGGCAAAUCAGAGCAUGGAACGAGAGAAGUGGCGACUUUGGGGAUUUACUGAGUCUUUUAUCGACCAUCAGCCAAGAAUACAAGUAUAGACGCAGCAUUUCGGAUAAGUUUUCAAAGGAUAUUGUGGUUGAGGUCAAAAGGUACCUAGGCAUCUUUUUCGAAUAUGAAGAUGAAGAUACGAGAAAACUUAUCUUUCGCCGGCUUCUUCGCGAAGGGAUCGCCACUCGCAAGAAAUAUUGGCGCAAGGGAUUCGAUCAAUCGCGACAAAACCCAGCAAACAAUUUCGAUGUCCAAGAAGGGGCCGUUCGCUUGACUUUCUACUGUAAUAGCUUUGACCCGUUCAAAUCAGCAGUUAUGUGGCGCUUCCGCAAUCCGGAGGGAAGAAUACUCGAUGGAGUACCCAAUGAUUUUACGGUGGGAAUCGAUGGUAAGAUUACCAUGAAAGCGCCGCCUAUCGAAGAGAAACCGUACGAAUUUGCCAUGCCACCUCACCAAAAAUUGCCACCACGGACACCCCCUAAGGGGGUUCCAUUUAAGGAAGGGUACAAAUUCGACGGCUCUUUCUUUGAUAACGCAGGGGCGUUUACAGUGCCAUUGGCAAUCUUCGACGUGAUCGACAUGAAGGUCGAUCGUCCAAGAAAGAGGUAUGACGAUGAAAACCUCUUGAUCAUCGACGGGUCCUUCGCCCGUGCGAUGAAUCACUAUAUCCGAGCUGCGGCGGACGUCAUCGUUACCGUGGUAUCUAAGAUGCCCGGUGCAAACAUCCAACUCAAGGUGGUCCACGGCGAACAAGUCGCCGAGGGACUUAUCCGAAAGUUCAAGUCGGUCCUGACGAAUGGCAGAAAGAACACUGCCUUGCAAGAUGAUAUCCACGCCCUCAGCGAGGUCAGUGUUUUCAAUUGUUUUUGGAACACAAUGUGCAUGAUGCACGAGGCUUCUGCUGGGGGGAGGGAUUACAAAGGGUUCAUGAUCAAUUUGCAAUCGAACCUACAGGACCAGUUGAGCAAGAUGUAUGGGGAGUUGUCCUUCAAGCAACUGGUGACGAUUCGCCCAGAUAGUCAGGUGAGGAUUAUCGCAUAUUCCGAGGAUUUGGAGAAUUCUCGGCGUCUGGAGGAUACUAUCCUCGAGUUUGACUCUCGGGGGGGUGAUUUCGAGGACGAAGAGGAGGGGAGCGACGAUGAGAAUGAUUCUGGGAAUUAA